AUGAAUCAGUCACAAACUCUUGUAGUCGACAUCGUCCCAAAUUCUCCUAACACUGAGCCAAAUGAGCUAGUAAUUGUUUCGUGCGCCACAAAUGAGAAGGAAGUAAUCCAUGAGAGGCUUUCCCCAAACCAUCUAAAUAGCAUGGACAUCCAAAUUUCCCUAGCCUCGGAAGGUUUUCUCAACGUCGACAUCAUGGAAAGGAAUGUGCUUCUUGUAGCCGCUCGCUAUGCUGUCCCAACUCUAUGUCAGAUCGUUUCAGAAAACAACAACGAUAUAAAAAUAAUCCAACUUACUGAUGAGAGUGGCUGUACAUCCACAUCUGCUAUCACGCCAUUUUUGAGAAAAUUAGCUGAACGAGGGACAAUCUACACGGCUAAGUUGAACUCGUCUGUUUUUAGCGGGUUGAAUGAACCUCAGCUGCAAUGCUCAGUAGUGGCUUGUGGAGAUUUAUGCAUUCAGGUUGGUAAUUCGAAAAAAUUUUCUCAAUGUUUUGAGUUCUUUCCUCGUUUCUAAAA